AUGGCCGGAGAAGUGAAGGAGUGCGAAGGUAGGAGGCAGGCUCUUGAUUGCGUUGAAGCAUUCCUCGAUGAACGUCUCCAGUUGACGCUGUUGGAGGCGCAGACCAUCAUCUUCCACAACCCCGUGUCAGAAUGCCUCCAUCAUCCACAAUAUCCCGUCAUCGAUAUCAUCUUCGCGUGGCCGGCCGCAUCUUGUUCUCGGGCUUAUCUGGCAGAUCGUCAAGAUUCUCAAAAGCAAGUUCCCCUCAAGGAGCACCCAGAGCUCGUCCUCCUCCUCAAGCCAGGGGAAGAUCUGGCUACCCUGCUGAAGCUGCCCAAAGAGGAGCUGCUGGUUCGAUGGGUCAACUUACAUAUGGUGAACGCCGGAAGUGACAAGAUGCUGUCAGACUUCAGCAGCGAUAUGAAACACUUGACCACCUACACACGAGGCAAGUCCAUCGACUGCUGGAGCACUGCAAGACACUGA